GGAGCAUUUAACAAUGGCUCUAUGUACAUUUAUUGACUAAAGAAAACACCUGAAUGCGGCAUGGAGCUGGUCGCUGACAAACUCCCCGCUAACGCCGAUUUGAUGACGGAGUUGAUGAAAUGUCCGAGCUCUUGCCUCGCAAAAGACCCAAUCGCGCGCGCGUCGUUGAUUCCUCUUGCACGCCGCACAAUUUACCCAGUCCGUGACUCUGCGACACAGAGCCCGGCUGCGCGCACUCGACACACCCAAUGCAGGGACAGCAAGCACCCUUCCUGCCCUCUUCCCCGCUCGAGCACGGCGCUGCUGUCAGCUACGGCUAUCUCCAGGCAUCGCAGCACGAUCGCCAGCCGCUAUGCGGUAAUAGCGAGGGUUGGGGGCCACUGAGCCCCAUCAGAUUCGACUUCACGCCAUGCUUUCUCGACGUGUGGAUUAUGGUGGUUGCUGUCUGGGGAAUUGUUGGAGGAGCAGGCGCGUUGUGGUAUCUAUAUAGGCAAUGCACGCCCCAGCCUGUCAAGCAGAACUGGCACUUCUAUGCCAAACUGAGUACCCUUGGAGCUCUUAUCGCCACGACUGCCGUUCAAGCCGCCCUUCAGAUUGAGUACUUCUCCGGCAUCUGGGCCGGAGACUUCCGCUUCUGGACCACCACCGUCACUGUUGUCUCGCUCCUAGUCAUUUUCUACGUCCAAUACAUCGAGCACUGGCGUUCGCGGAACGCCAAUGGUGUAGUCCUCUUCUACUGGCUGCUGUUCCUGAUCGCGAAUGGCGUAAAACUCCGCUCGCUGGUCUCCCAGAAGCUAUACAAAGAGCAUACCGCAUACUUUGCGGUCUUCACUGCUAGCGUUGGACUGGCCGUAAUUGAGUUUGCGCUGGAGUGGUUGGUGCAGAAGCGCCUAAGCGACUACGAUGCCCUGGGUGACGACGACGAAUGCCCCUACGAAUAUGCCGAUAUCUUCUCGGUCCUCACAUUCGGAUGGAUGACGCCCUUAAUGAAGCGUGGCUAUAACCACUUCCUCACCCAGGACGACCUUUGGAACCUCCGGAAGCGCGAUUCCACCAAGCACACGGCCGAGACAUUCGAAGAAAAGUGGGGUGAUGAGGUGGAGCAUAAGAAGAGCCCUUCGCUGUGGAUGGCGCUGUUCCUCUCUUUCGGCGGUCCAUACUUCCGCGGUGCUUGCAUCAAGACAAUCAGUGAUUGUCUGAACUUCGUCCAGCCGCAGCUGCUGAGGCUUCUGAUCACAUUCGUCAAGUCCUAUGAUACAGAUACACCAGAGCCUAUUGCACGAGGCGCUGCCAUAGCCCUCAGUAUGUUUGCCGUGUCUGUUUCACAGACGGCUGCCCUCCACCAAUAUUUCCAGCGAUCGUUCGAGACUGGUAUGCGCAUCAAGUCAUGCUUGACUGCUGCUAUCUACUCAAAGUCUACCCGCCUCUCCAACGAGGGCCGAGCUACCAAGUCAACUGGCGAUAUUGUCAAUUACAUGGCUGUUGACACCCAACGUCUGCAAGAUCUGGCUCAGUAUGGACAGCAAUUGUGGUCUGCUCCCUUCCAGAUUGUACUCUGCAUGCUGUCUCUGUACCAGCUUCUCGGCGUAGCAUGCUUUGCCGGUGUAGCUGUUAUGAUCAUCAUGAUUCCUAUCAACGGCAUCAUUGCACGUCUGAUGAAGACCUUGCAGAAGGAGCAAAUGAAGAAUAAGGAUGCGCGUACGAAGCUGAUCUCCGAGAUUCUUAACAACAUGAAGUCUAUCAAGCUCUACGCCUGGACAACUGCUUUUGCCAGCCGUCUGAACUAUAUUCGAAACGAUCAGGAACUGAAGACCCUGCGCAAAAUUGGUGCUACCCAAGCAUUCUCUACUUUCACAUGGUCGACCACACCUUUUCUGGUUUCCUGCUCGACCUUCGGCGUGUUUGUCUGGACUCAGGAUAAGCCCCUGACUACCGACAUUGUGUUCCCCGCUCUGACGCUGUUCAAUCUCCUCACUUUCCCACUCGCGAUCCUGCCCAUGGUCAUUACUGCGAUCGUCGAAGCUAGCGUCGCUGUCAGCCGUCUUACUAGUUACCUGACCGCUGAUGAACUCCAAGCCGACGCUGUCCGCCGCGAGCCCGCUGUCGAAGAGAACGGUGAAGAGUCAGUUCGCAUCAGGGACGCAAGCUUUACCUGGGACAAGAAUGCUGAACGUCGCACUCUCGAGCAGAUCAACUUCACUGCGCACAAGGGUGAACUUUCUUGUAUCGUUGGCCGUGUUGGAGCCGGUAAAUCUUCGCUUCUACAAGCAGUGCUUGGUGAUGUGUGGAAGAUCAAUGGUGAGGUGGUUCUACACGGAAAGUCGGCUUACGUACCUCAGCAAGCUUGGGUCAUGAACGCGUCUGUACGCGAGAACAUCGUCUUUGGUCACCGCUGGGACCCGCAUUUCUACGAGAAGACUGUAAAUGCAUGCGCUCUGCGCGACGACUUUGCGCAGCUUCCGGACGGUGAUCAGACAGAAGUUGGUGAGCGCGGUAUCUCUCUAUCAGGUGGGCAGAAGGCUCGUCUCACUCUUGCGCGUGCUGUGUAUGCUCGCGCUGAUGUCUAUCUGCUCGAUGACUGUUUGUCAGCUGUUGAUCAACACGUUGGGCGACACUUGAUCAACAAUGUCCUUGGACCCAACGGCCUAUUGGCUGGUAAAACCAGGAUUCUGGCUACCAAUUCUAUUCCUGUCUUAGUGGAAGCCGAUAUGAUUUUGCUUCUGCGUGAGGGCAAGAUCCUUGAAAGGGGCAGCUACACUCAGCUCAUGGCAAUGAAGGGCGAGAUUGCAAGCUUGAUCAAGACAUCGCAGAAUGAAGACCAAAGUGAGGACAGUGCUCCGUCUGAGGGUGUCAUGAGCGAUGAGGAGUCUACCGUGUACGGCGGCAGUCCAGCGUCGGAAGAUGACCAGGACCGAGAGGAAGCAGAAGCAGCUCAGGAAGGCGCGUCUCAUCUCGCACCUCUCAGGACCGGCAAUGGUACAGCGCGCAAACACAGUUUCGCAACUCUUCGCCGUGCCAGCACUGCCAGUUUCAAGGGUCCACGUGGCAAGACUAACGAUGAAGAGAACGGCCUCAAGAGCAAGCAGACGAAAGAAUUCUCGGAACAAGGCAAGGUCAAAUGGUCUGUGUAUGGCGAAUAUGCAAAAACUAGCAACUUAGUUGCAGUCGCCAUCUACCUCGCACUCCUCGCCGGUGCUCAGACGGCAUCUAUCGGUGCAAGUAUCUGGCUCAAGCAUUGGGCGGAGUUGAAUCAACGCUUCGGCGGUAACCCGCAUGUAGGCAAAAACAUUGGCAUCUACUUCUCAUUUGGUGUGGGAUCUGCCGCCCUUGUUGUUGUACAGACGCUCAUACUGUGGAUUUUCUGCUCCAUCGAAGCUAGUCGCAAACUCCAUGAGCGUAUGGCGUUCGCGAUCUUCCGUUCUCCAAUGAGCUUCUUCGAAACCACGCCCGCAGGGCGCAUCCUCAACAGGUUCUCCAGCGAUAUCUACAAGGUUGAUGAAGUGCUUGCCCGAACGUUCAACAUGCUGUUUGUGAAUUCAGCCAGAGCUGUGUUCACCCUGGUUCUAAUCUCUGCGGGAACCCCCAUCUUCAUCGUUGUCAUCCCCCCACUUGGUGCACUGUACCUAUACAUCCAGCGGUACUAUCUGCGCACAUCACGCGAGCUCAAGCGCCUGGACAGUGUUAGUCGCAGCCCGAUUUAUGCGCACUUCCAGGAGUCGCUCAGUGGCAUGAGUACCAUCCGUGCAUACAAUCAGCAGAAGCGCUUCGAGAUGGAGAACGAAUGGCGUGUAGACGCAAACCUGAGGGCCUAUUACCCAUCCAUCAGCGCCAACAGGUGGCUGGCUGUCCGUCUGGAGUUCUUAGGGUCUAUAAUCAUCUUGUGCGCUGCUGGGUUCGCCAUCAUCUCCGUUGCCAGUCACAGCGGCAUUUCGGCUGGUACGGUCGGUCUGUCGAUGUCUUAUGCGCUUCAGAUUACACAAUCUCUCAACUGGAUCGUCCGACAGACCGUUGAGGUGGAGACGAACAUCGUGUCUGUCGAACGCGUUCUCGAGUACGCGGCUUUACCGAGCGAGGCGCCAGAGGUUAUCUCCAAGAAUAGGCCACCAAUCAGCUGGCCCUCGCAGGGUGCUGUUUCCUUCAACAAUUACAGCACCCGAUAUCGGCCAGGUCUCGAUCUUGUGCUCAAGAACAUCAACCUGCAGAUCAAACCGAAUGAGAAGAUCGGUGUUGUGGGUCGCACAGGCGCGGGCAAGAGUUCGCUUACGCUCGCAUUAUUCCGCAUCAUCGAACCAUCGGAAGGUCAUGUGAGUAUUGACAAUCUGAACACAAGCACGAUCGGACUUUUGGACCUGCGCCGGCGACUGGCUAUCAUCCCACAGGAUGCAGCAUUGUUCGAAGGCACCGUGCGCGACAAUCUUGACCCAGGCCAUGUUCACGACGACACUGAGCUCUGGAGUGCGCUUGAACAUGCUCGUCUCAAGGAACACAUUGCUGGUAUGCAAGGCAAGCUGGAUGCGCAAGUUCACGAGGGUGGCUCCAACCUGAGCGCUGGACAACGUCAGCUCGUCUCCCUGGCACGUGCUCUUCUUGCACCAAGCAACAUCCUUGUUCUAGACGAGGCUACUGCCGCCGUCGAUGUAGAGACUGAUGCCUUGCUGCAAACUACGUUGCGAUCUAGCAUGUUCAACAACAAGACCAUCAUCACCAUUGCACAUCGAAUCAACACCAUCCUUGAUAGCGAUCGUAUCAUUGUAUUGGAUAGGGGCACUGUGGCUGAGUUCGACACUCCAGCCGAGCUCGUCAAGCAGAAGGGCUUGUUCUAUGAUCUUGUCAAGGAAGCAAAUUUGCUGAGCAGUAUCGAAGGAAACUAACUGUAGAAUACUGUUGAAGUAGGAGGUGUAGAUAAAAAAAACCCAAGUAGCAAAUUGUAAUUCCCACAUAUAGACGACAAGAUCAAGCCGACCCCCAAACUCGCGCUGCGAACGUCGCACACAGAACACGAUCAGCAAUGACGUGUUCCGGG